ACUUCGACAUCAUUUUCGUCAGCGCAGGGAAAUUUUCGAUUCUUCGCGAAAAAAACUUUACUCCGUUGGUGUUACGUAGUUUGAUUCUCGCUCAAAGUACCGAUUAGCGACCUUCCACAGUUUGGCUCGCUGUUGUGUAGUGAAAUUUUUCGCGUCCGUACGCGCGGAAUUUGGUGAAAUCUUGUUUUUCUGGAGGACGAUCGAAAAGUCGAGUUUUGCACCAAGGACGGUCGUGGAAGACAACUACAAAGCUGCAAAAAGUAGUCGCUCGCGCUUAUCACACGGGACUAGCAGUUUCAGUGCCUGAUAGCAAGAAAAAAACUUGCAGUAAGGAUAGCGCGGAAGAAAUUUUGUUUUGAUUAAACUGUGGUGAUAAGGAAUCCUGUUACGGGAACGGGUGUCGAAUAACUUUAAUGAUCUAGCGGGGCGGGGGAGGGAAGAAUGACACAUUUUGUUAUGUUCGACAACAAGAGCGCUUUGGAACAACUGCAGCAGCAGAUUCAAUCUAAGCUAAUUGUUGCGUAAAAUUGUAGUAUAGAAGUUGGAAAAUUCCAUAAAAUUGUAAAUGAUGGAUGGUGAUAUUUGCCGCGUGUGUCGCUGCGAAGCACAAUCGGAUCGGCCAUUGUUCCAUCCUUGUAUUUGCACAGGCAGCAUCAAGUGGAUCCAUCAGGAUUGCCUAAUGCAAUGGAUGCGAUACUCGCGAAAAGAAUACUGCGAAUUGUGUGGCCACCGGUUUUCUUUUACGCCCAUCUAUUCACCGGAUAUGCCCAGGGUUUUACCGCUGAAGUAUGUGGCGGGAGGUCUGCUUAGUUCCGUCGGGACAGCCGUCAAAUACUGGAUACACUACAGCAUGGUAGCGGUUGCUUGGCUGGGUGUCGUCCCACUGACAUCCUACCGAACUUACCGAUUUCUGUUUUCCGGUUCGAUCGACAUGCUGCUAAGUUUGCCAAUGGACCUGUUGUCCACUGAAAAUAUAGCUAUCGAUGUGUUUCGGGGAUGUUUUGUCGCGACUUGCACGCUGUUUACCUUUGUGGGAUUGGUUUGGCUUCGAGAGCAAAUAAUUCACGGUGGUGGACCGGAUUGGCUUGAACGAGACGACCCACCAAUCGUGCCAGCCGACGCUAACGGAAACGAUGAACGCCCGAAUCCGGCGGAAAACGGUCAAGAGGAAAAUGAUAAUAAUAAUAACAAUAACAACAACAACAAUGAUGAUAACAAUAACGAGGAGGAACACAACAACAACAAUAAUAACAACUUUCUGGACAACAAUUUAAUUGAACCGCAGAACCGGGGUCGACCAGAGGAUGCUGCUGUCAUGGGUGUUGGAGGGGCAGCUGCAGUGAUACCGCCACCACCAGUGGCAGGACCAGCUGCGGCUCCUGCUGCUGCACCGGCUGCUCCGACGGCACAAGCAGGCCCUGCCGCUCCGGCAGGCGCACGUAAUCCGGAAGUUCCCGCCGACAACAUUGCAAUCGAUCCGGCCGAACCGCCACCUCCUGGCGAUGCUGCCGACGCUGAACCGGAAGUAGUGAAUGAGCCUGCCGAGGCAGCAGCAGAUGAAGCUAACUGGAACCCAAUGGAAUGGGAACGAGCUGCUGAGGAGCUUACCUGGGAACGGUUGCUUGGGCUGGAUGGAUCAAUGGUGUUUCUGGAGCAUGUUUUCUGGGUUGUAUCGCUCAAUACACUGUUUAUUUUCAUUUUCGCAUUUUGUCCAUAUUUUAUUGGCAACACUUUGAUUACCUCUUUGGGAAUAAUAACCCCCGGUAAAACGCUGCUUCACUUCCACGGUCUGAUCACCACUUUGCUGGGUUACUGUGUCAUUGGAAUUACGCUGGUUAAGCUGCACGCUAUCGCAAGGUUCUUGCGCUGGCAUCGCCAGCGGCGAUUCCUGGGUCUGUGCUACAUUGUGGUGAAGGUUUCUUUGCUGUCGGUUGUCGAGAUCGGAGUUCUGCCGCUCGUGUGUGGCUGGUGGUUGGAUAUUUGCUCGCUGCCGAUGUUCGAUGCCACCCUCAAGGAUCGGAAAGCUAGCUUUAAAGCCGCACCCGGAACGUCGCUAUUCAUUCACUGGAUGUUCGGUAUGGUUUACGUGUACUACUUUGCUUCCUUCAUCGUUCUGCUCCGCGAGGUACUCCGGCCGGGGGUGCUAUGGUUUUUGCGGAAUCUUAACGAUCCGGACUUUAGUCCGAUUCAGGAAAUGAUUCACCUUUCGAUACUUCGACACGCACGGCGACUGAUUGCUUCUGCCAUUAUCUUUGGAUCGGCCGUUCUCCUAAUGCUGUGGGCGCCAAUUCAGAUUCUUAAAUCACUUUGGCCGACAUUCUUACCUUAUACCCUAUCCGGUGAUUCGGAAGUCAACGAACUUAGCUUGCAGUUGUUACUGUUGCAGAUAAUUCUGCCUGGCUUCUUCGAACAAUCGCACACACGCAUUUGGCUGAAGGGCCUAGUUCGGAUCUGGUGCAACGUAGUGGCCCGCAUUUUAGGCAUAAAAAGUUACCUGCUUGGGUCGGAACCUCGUGCCAACGAGGAUGAAAUUCCACCACGGCAGCAGCCGGAACUGGGUGCUGGAUUGGCGGCAGCGCAUCAGGCGAUUAUGCAGCGUGACGUUCCCGUUGGCUUCCAGCCGUACGAUCGUCCGGCUUUGUUCGUCGUUCGAUUGGUCGGGCUGCUAGCGAUGAUGUGCGUUAGCCUUGUGAUCGGGUCGCUGAUAACGCUUACCGUUCCCGUUUGGAUUGGUCGACAUGGGAUGGCUUUAUGGUCGAUGGGUUCUCACAUAACUCCUCCACCGAAUGCAGUCGCCAGCGGAACUGAAACUCCCCCCAGGCCACACGAGUUGUACACGGCGGCGAUGGGAACGUAUCUGUGCUGGAUCAUAUCGCGAGGAAUUGCCGUUGCAGUGAAUCUAUUCCCGCAAGGACGAACUGUAGUCGUGGAAAGAGUGAAACACUGGAUUUCCGUAGCUACUUCAUACGCACUGGCAGCCAUGAUAUUCGUACUUAUGCUGGGAGUUAUUCCGCUUAUGUUUGGCCUCCUGCUGGAAUUGGUUGUGGUGGUUCCGUUGCGAGUCCCACUAGAGCAAACGCCGGUUCUGUUCCUGUGGCAAGACUGGGCCCUAGGAGUUUUAUACACAAAAAUUGCUUGCGCCCUGACUUUGAUGGGUCCAGAUUGGGCCCUAAAACGAGCGAUUGAACAGGUGUACCGAGAUGGUCUUCACGAUAUUAACCUGAAAUUUAUCAUACGAGAGCUGGGUGCUCCGGUCAUUACCUGCUUUGGACUUGCCUUGGCUGUUCCUUACGUGAUUGCGCACUCAAUUCUGCCACUUUUCUUCACCAAUCAAGUGACGAGGAUACUGAUCGCUCGCCAAAUCUAUCCUUUCUUCCUGCUGAUCGCGUUCAUCGUAGUGAUCGUAAUUCUGCAGAUACGACAGUUCAAGAAGCUAUACGUUGCAAUCAAAAACGACAAAUAUCUGGUUGGGCAACGGUUAGUCAACUACGAUCAUCAUCGUAAGAAACGUUCGGAAGCAGCAGCCGCCAGUCAAAAUGCCGCAACAGCUGCGGCAGCCGCGGCUCCUCCAGUUGUACAGUGAACACUGGUGUCGUAGAAAAUAGCCGAGUAUAUUUCUGGAACGACAUGCUGCUAUUACCGUGUAAAAUUCAAACAAGUAAUCAUAGUACAUGCGGAUUGGAUUGGACGAAUAGAAAAUAAUGAGCUGAGUACGAAAAACUACCAGCUGAUGUAAAGGUACUUUUUGUUGUAGUUGUUUAUUUUACAUAUUUGGGAAUCAUGUAUAGUAAAAUUAAUUCAAAAACAAUAAAGCAGAAAAAAAACAAAAAAAUACAAUGUUGUUAUAGCACUAAAAUUAAUAAUUUUAAUCAUAAAAUAAAUUGUGGUGAAAACGAAGAGAAUCUUAGCGUAAGAUAUUUAUAACGAUCAAGCAGAUAAAGAACACAGCUCGAGUCAGAUAGAACAUCUAAUAGGUAUGAACAACUCUUUCCAAAUAUCGGAACGAUUUCCUUCUAAUGCGUUUGUAUGAAAUUUUGUAAGAUUCCGUAAUCAAAAUUCAAAAAAAAAAAACUUCACUGAAAUCCGUUGUGCAAAUCUACUGAUUAAAAUGCGUAUGAAGAGAAAAGCGUCAGCCAACUGUACAGACGGGCGACCCCAGAUAAGACUUGCUUGCAUGUUAUAUCUACUGUAACAAACACAGCAAAUAAAUGGAUUAUUCUCUUCAAUUAGUUGCAAGCAAACCAAUAAAGAACUGAUAAUGAA